ACAGUUCUUUUAAUUUCUCAGGUUCUUUUGAUUGGUGCCUUAUCAACUCUCAAGUAUAUUCAUGAGAAGAUGCUUUCACUACUUAUCCUUAUAGGAGCCCUUAUACUGGGCUACCUCUACAUACGAAGCACACAGAAGUUUGAUUACUGGGAGAAGCAGGGAAUCAAAACCAGAUCUCCUUGCUAUCCAUUUGUGGGAACCUUGUGGAAAGUGUGGAAGAGGCUAAACUUUGCCUCUGAAUGGCUGUUGAUUUUCCAGGUGAUGGUUGUAGAUGAUUUGAAGGACAUCAAAACCUAUGGAAAACUUAUUGGAUUGUUUGAAGGUACAAGGCCAUACCUAUUUUGUGCUGAUCCUGAUAUCAUUCGAGAUGUCUUCAUCAAGAAUUUUGACCAUUUUGUCAACAGAAGGGAGGCAAUGUUUACUGAUGAGUACAUGAAGAAGAUGCUGUCUGCCUUGCAAGGGGAUGAAUGGAAAGAAGCUCGUAAACGACUUUCUCCUAUGUUCUCAUCUGGAAAGAUAAAAAACAUGAGUAUAUUGAUGAGUGAAUGUGCAGAGACACUGGUAUCAAAUUUCAAGAAAAGCAUGAAUAAUGAGGGAAUUGUGGAUCUUAAAGAGCAUUUUGGAGCCUUCACUAUGGACGUGAUAGCAACCUGUGCCUUUGGGACAAAAAUAGACUCUCUGGGUUCUCCUCAUGAUCCCUUUGUUGAAAAUGCCAAGAAAGCUUUCCUCAACCCCAGAAUCCGCACACCUUUGGUGCUUUUGUUAUUGAUUGGGAACAUUUUUUCCAAGAGGUUAUCAAAGAUGCUUAUCUCCAAUGAGGUCCUGUUUUUUGCAAGAGUUUCCAAGUCCAUUGCUGACCAACGUAGGAAGGAAAAACUUAGGGAAAGAGGAGACAUGAUUGAUCUGCUGUUAGAAUUGCAAGAAGAGGAGCAGAAGGAAUGUGAAGCUGACCCUACCAAGACUCCUGUCAUUACUGAGGAGUUCAUGGUUGCACAGAUGAUGAUAUUCUUUCUGGCUGGGUUUGACACAAGUGCAACCACACUCACCAUGGUCAUGUAUUCCUUGGCUCUGAAUCCCGAUGUCCAGGACAAGGUAGUUGAUGAGAUCAAAGAGAGAGUGGUGCAGUAUGGAGGAAUAAAUCAUGAGAUGGUGAAUGAUUGUCCCUACCUAGAUCAAGUGAUCCAGGAAACACUCCGCUUGUACCCUCCUGCUUUUCGGACUGAGCGGACCUGCAACAAGCCGUGUGAGAUUCGGGGUGUCAAAUUUGAGAAAGGGGUGCGCAUUGCAUUUCCCAUUUAUGCCAUUCAUCACAAUCCUGAGUUCUAUGAGGAUCCAGAGGAGUUUCGGCCAGAUCGCUUUGCCCAGUCUGAGAAGGUGUUGCGACAUCCAAUGAUUUACCUUCCAUUCGGCCAUGGUCCCCGAAACUGCAUUGGGAUGCGUUUUGCACUGACUGAGAUCAAGUUGGCUCUGUGUCAUGUCCUCAGUCAACUCAAAGCCUCACGCUCACCUCAAACUCAGGUUCCUGUUGAAACGGCACCUUCGUUGGGGUUCUUUCUACCGGUGAAUGUGAAGGUGAAGCUAGAAGCCAGGGAAUGAAGCAUUUUGAUGCAAUCAAGCAUUUCGUUGUAAUCAAGCAUGAUUUUCUUUCACUUCUCUAGAAUUUAUACAUCUACAAUGAGACAAUUUUUGUAUAUCCUUUGAAGUCGAAAUGAGCUUUUGAUCAGAUUGAUAUGUUCGAACCGAUGAUGCUCUAAAUUUCCUUUCGAUUUCCUUCGUUCUUCGGCCUUUUGUUGCAUGUUUUGCUCCCCUAAGCAACCCUCUUGCUUCUCUGAUUUUCAUUUAAAACUUUGGUCCGAGGUCAAUCUGUAAUACUGUGAGGAACCGACGCGGUUCGCCCGACUCGAUGGUCCUAUUUCUGUGAUCCUUCAUCGAUUCUCUGGGAUUUGAUUAUUUUUCGGUCUUCCAGACGGUUUUCAUGGGUUUUCCGGCCCACAUCGAUGCACUGCCGUUUAUGUCGCUCCUCGCGAUCGGAUCGUGAUUUUGUACCUUGUUUGUGAUUUCGCAUUGUGAUUAAAUGCCUCGCAUGGG